UCGACUGUCCGAAUGUAUGUGAAAAUAAGUGAACUAAAAUUUGCACACCACGCAUCCAUCUUUUUCGGGAACUGGUAAUCGCACUUCAGAUAAAGAUGCAGAUCUUUGUCAAGACCCUAACGGGUAAAACCAUUACCUUGGAGGUGGAAGCCUCUGAUAUGAUCGACAAUGUAAAGCAAAAGAUCCAAGAUAAAGAAGGUAUUCCACCUGAUCAGCAACGUUUGAUUUUUGCUGGUAAGCAGUUGGAGGAUGGAAGAACACUUAGCGAUUACAAUAUUCAAAAAGAAUCCACCCUUCAUUUGGUUCUUCGACUUCGUGGAGGAGUCAUUGAACCAAGUUUAAGAAUUCUUGCUCAGAAAUACAACUGUGACAAGAUGAUUUGUCGCAAGUGCUACGCUCGUUUACACUCAAGAGCAACCAACUGUCGCAAGAAGAAAUGUGGACACACCAACCAUUUGCGACCAAAGAAGAAGCUGAAGUAAAUGGAGUUUCCUUUUAGUAUUCGCGUCAAUACAAAUGGGAUUGCGAUAAUAUUUCCUAGUUC